AUGGCACAGAAGCGCAACAACAACAAGUGGGCACGCCCACGCAAGCCCAUGCAAGCAGCCACUUCCGCUAACAGAUUCAACCGCAACACCGCGAUGGCGCAGGUCAGGAACACUGCACACUGCACACUGCAUGAACAUAAGCAACACAGCCAUGCUAAACAUCUCCAACAGCCUUUCCGCUUUCUCGAUCUCGCACCUGAGCUUCGCAACCGCAUCUACGACUACGCCCUCGUCCUCGACCCAAAGGACAGCCAGCCUGUUCACAAGAAGCUGAAACAGCCAGGGUUACUCACUACCUGCACACAGAUUCGAGCUGAAGCCCGCAUGAUGUGGUAUAGCCAGAACGACUUCGUUAUUAUCGUGCAAGACUGCAAUGCCAAUCUCCUUCAACGCUGGCUUCAGCAUGUCAGCGCCCUCCCGGACACCUUCGAAUUCUCGCUUGCCAUCAUUCCAAAAGGCCGUUACGACUGGCACAACUUGCUCGAUUGGUGCAAGAUGGUGCACGAGCGAAAGAUCGAGAACCCGUUCUUCACCGAGGAAGACGACAGCAGGUUGAAGAACUGGGUCGCCGACGACCGCUACGACAGCAUCAUCUCCCAGGUCACCAACAUCGCCCACGACUGCCGGGAUAUUUCUUGGCAGCGAUGCUGGAGGAAGCUGGAAGCUCUUCGGAAGACGGAAUUGAGCACUUCUAUGUGGUCUGAGUUCAACGAUGUCCGUGGCCUUCGAGGAUUUCUCCGACCUCCCACAAGAAUAGAACGGUAG